AGUGGCGCGGCGGCGAUCAGGUGACCGGGCGGUUAUGGCGCUGAGGUGUUUUUUCUGUUAGGGCCCCGAGUGGAGCAGCGAGAGCGACAGAGCCGGGGGGCGGCGGGAAUAUGAAAGAGGUGUCAACAUGACAUCAAGAUAUGGCAAAACUUACAGUAAGAAGGGGAGUGCCAGCAACUCCAAGUUCGAUGAGGUGUUCUCUGGAAAGCGAGCGAAAAUAAGCACCAAAUGGGGGGAAAGCACCUUCAAGGCUCAUCUGAGCCAGAAGAGACCUGGUCUCAAAGCAGAAACAGUGGAACAGCCCAAACGGCAGAAGAUGGAAGAUGAGUUGUUGGAAGAUCCGUUUGGGUUUGAUAGUGAUGAUGACUCUCUCCCUGUGUCAUCACGGAAUCCAGUUCCAACUAAAGGGCUCCAGUCGACAGAGUCUAUGAAACCAUCUGAUGAGGACAAUGCAAGCUCACUACUUGAGGUUAACAGUAUGGUUAAUCGGCCAAUCAGUGGGGAUGCUAUUGUGUGCAGCAAGUUUGUAGCCUUGGGUGAUGUCAUCCACGGGAAGAGUGCAGGUAGUGCUGUGGCAUUGUGUUCAGAGAUUGAAGAAAUCCCGGAAUCUGGCAGCAAGUUGAACUGUCUGGAAGUGAAGCACCAUGAUCCGUUGAGAGAAGGAAUUGAGAAAAACAGUUUUCCUAAGAACAGGAAUGCACCUGAAAAUGAAAAGAAACCUAAGACACCUAGCCCAAUGCUGUCUAGCUUUAAAACCGAUGGAUUGCCCCCGGAUAGUUGGGAUGAGAUCAUGAAGAACUCAGGUUCCCCCUCUGAAGCACUUCAGAGGACAGAAUACCAGCCGUGGGUUGGUGGACUUGGCCGUAUGCCCUGUGUCAAAAAUGAGGUCUCUGACUGCAAGCAGGGCAAACAGGGAGGCACUUCCUUAAAUCUCGACAAGCCUUUGGAAGUAAGGGGUAAUCAAGGGACUUUUGGACGGGUGGAACAUACCAGCUUUAAGGAUGAAGAGAUAGAGAAUGAUUCACAGCCCCUCAGGUCAAACUGCAGGACAUACUGUCGAUCAAAUAAAGGUAAACCAGGAGGUACUGGCAUGACAAAUUUUGAUAAAAUAAUUGAUGGCACUGGGAAAUCUGCACACGCUGACCUGACAUUGGGCAAGGAAAGCCUAAAACCAGACACCAAAAUUUCAUCAGAGACAACAGGAAAGACGUCAACAGCUCGGACUGCAAAAGACACCAUCACCUUGCCCUCAUCUUAUCUAUCACCUUGCAAUGUCACGCUUCAGGACACCACAGAUCGUAGCAUGGACGAGUUCACCACUGGUCCAGCUGACCUGGGAGAAGCGGGACGGUUGCGGAAAAAAACCGAAGCUGCGGCAAGUAAGACCACAGUCAGAUUCCGACCGACCCAGUCCAAAUCCAAAAAGGAUGCGAAGCUAGAGUUCUUUGGGUUUGAUGAACAGGAAGGAGAGGAAGAUCCUCUCCGAUCCACUGGCGGUGCUGCCAACUAUAAAAUCAAAUACUUUGGUUUUGAUGACCUUAGUGAGAGCUCUGAUGAGGAUGAUGGCACUGAGUCAGAAGGCAGACGCAAGAAAAAAGCUUCAACUAGAAUGGGUGAAAUUGUGGAACUCCUGUCGAGCUCUGAGUCGACAGGUGACUCUCAAGGUAGUCAGCCACAGUCUCAGGAUAGCACUAAUACAGAUUCGUUGGAAUUCAGUGAUGAGUCAAAUUCCAUCUUUUCCGAUGUUGGUAGGAAACCAAUGAACAGACAGGAAAAAGCCAAGGAAAAUACCAGGAAAAUUUUCCAUGGACCUAAACGGUCUCCUACUAAAGCUGUGUAUAAUGCCAGACACUGGAAUCAACCUGAGCCAGAGGAGCUUCCUCCAACACUGUCACUAUCUCACAACGCACUGGGGAGUGCCGCAAGUAAACAGCCACUGACACAGGCUCAGACAGCACCGGCCGUUGUUGCCUUAAAGGAAACGACUCAGAAGGAUGAAGGGGUGUUCAAAGCCCCUCCCCCUCCACCCCGUGUGAUAAAAACAGUGACGAUACCAACCCAACCAUACCAAGACAUUGUAACUGCACUGAAAUGUAGGAAGGAAGAUAAAGAGUUGUACACCGUGGUUCAGCACGUGAAGCACUUCAAUGAUGUGGUGGAAUUUGGAGAAAACCAAGAGUUUACAGAUGACAUUGAGUACCUACUCAGUGGACUGAAAUGUUCUCAGCCUCUCAACACACGCUGCCUUAGUAUUAUCAGCCUGGCCACCAAGUGUGCCAUGCCCAGUUUCCGAAUGCACCUGAGAGCUCAUGGGAUGGUAGCUAUGGUCUUCAAGACACUGGACGAUGCACAAAAGAACCAGAACCUAGCUCUUUGCACAGCAGCACUAAUGUACAUCCUGAGCCGGGAUCGACUGAACAUGGAUCUGGAUCGAGCUAGUCUGGACUUGAUGAUUCGCCUCCUGGAGAUGGACCAGGAUCCUUGUUCGCGACAGCUGAAUGAGAAAGAAAUGAAAAAGAUCAAGGAGAAAAUUCGCAAGCUCUGUGAGACUGUUCACAACAGGCAUUUAGACCUAGAGAACAUUACGACUGGACACUUGGCCAUGGAAACUUUGCUUUCACUCACAUCCAAACGCGCUGGGGACUGGUUUAAGGAGGAACUUAGACUCCUCGGAGGAUUGGAUCACAUAGUGGAUAAAGUAAAAGAAUGCGUGGAGCAGUUGGGUGAGAAUGAAGAGCAGGACAAACUGGUAGCAUCGCUAUGGGGUGCAGAGCGCUGUUUACGUGUGCUGGAGAGUGUUACAGUUCACAAUCCAGAAAACCAGGGCUACCUUAUAGCGUACAAAGACUCCCAGCUCAUCAUCUCUUCUGCCAGGGCUUUGCGACAUUGUGAGCAGCUGAUCGCACGAUAUAACCGGGAAGAAAACAAGGUUUGCAUGGCAAACAGCAAUUCCCUACCACAGUACAGUGCCUCCAGUCAUACUGGCAAAGCGGUUGAGGACUGCAUGAGAGCAAUCUUUGGAGUCUUGUUAAAUUUGACCAAUGACAAUGAGUGGGGCAGCACAAAGACUGGUGAGCAGGACAACCUCAUCAGCACGACCAUGAACUGCGUGCUCCAGGUGCCACAAUACAUACCUCAGGAACAGAGAUUUGACAUCCGAGUGUUGGGACUCGGUCUGCUGAUUAAUCUUGUGGAGCAUAGUGCUCGCAAUAGACAUUGUCUUGUCGACAUGGAAACACCUUGCUCCUUUGACUCGUUCUGUGCUGUGGAUGGAAACGAUAGCUUGAGGAUGGAAGGACAGGUGGGAGCGAUCGAGGCCUUGGUGCAGCUGUUUCUGCAGCGAGAGCGAGCAGCCCGUCUUGCAGAAACCGAGACCGAUGACUUCAUUAAAGACACACCAGUGCCACCUCAGGACCAGAGUGGCCAGUGGCAGGAGACUGCUGGGUCACUGGAAUGGGUGCAGUCAGAAAACUGCACCAAGAAUGAGAAUGAAAAGAAGGAGGAGGAGGAUGAAGAAAUUGACCUGAAUAAAGCCCUGCAGCAUGCUGGAAAGCACAUGGAGGACUGCAUCGUGGCCUCAUACACAGCACUGCUUCUCGGCUGCCUCUGUCAAGAAAGUCCGGUGAAUGUCACUACUGUGAGGGAGCUUUUACCUGAAGGAGACUUCUCCAUUAUGACUGAGAUGUUACAUAAGUUUUUGAAUUUCAUGAAUCUUACGUGUGCUGUGGGAACGACAGGACAGAAGUCCAUUUCUCGCGUGAUUGAAUACUUGGAUCACUGCUAAAGGACAAUGAGCCUCUUCUGCGGAUAGCUGUGCUCUGUCCCUUGGAGUUAGCCCCUCCCUCAUCAACCAACUCAUGGAAAAGACCACUCCCACCCCCCAACCCAAAUGAGGAAAGCUCCAAAGGAAUCUCUCACCCAACUUUGUCAGUGACUUUGCUUCCGAAGGAAGCCAUGGCCAUUGCACAGUCUGACCAAAACGAGCAGUGCUUGACUGACUGAGCCGCGUCGGUCUGGUUGAGUUAAAUGAGGCAAAGGCAGGCCUGAGGAUGAAUGGCGUGUGUUUUUUUUUAGUUAUUAGGACAGACAUGAUGUUAGUUGUACAGACCUAAUUAUUCCAUACCCACAGGGUUACAAUCAGCCCCAUUUUUAUGUUUGGAGAUUCUAUCCUGCAACAUCAAAAUUCAGAAUUAAAGUUAAUGACCUUAUGUGAUCCCACAAUAUUUGAGGUGUUUAUUCAUUGAUCAAAUUUAUGGUCCUAGUGUGGGUAUGGAAUAAUUUUAUGCCACACAUGUUCUUGUUAUGGUUACAAUAUUAAUGCAGAGAUUGUUUAUGGUGAUCACUGGUCAUGAACAUGGAGCGUGUGGUGGAUUGACAACAAGUUCAUCUGGCACCAGAAAAGUCAUGUAACCUCGAAUGGUUAUUUGCUUUACUACAAGCUGAACAGAUUGAGCUGUUUACGUUUUGACUCAUGGUCUAUAUAUAGAGCUAAAUACAGAUAUAUAAUUAUUAUAAAAGUUGAUGCGACUUGUUUUAAUUCCUCGGGUCCGUUCAGCUUGUAUUAAAGGAAUAGCUCUUUUAAACUGUCAGUAAUAAUCUGGAUUUGUCACGAAUGCUGUAACAUCAGUUACUGGAUGAGGUUUUCUUUGGUUCACGAAACCUUUAUCCUAAAGUAAAAUCAUGUCAGAGUUCAGUUGGGAAAGCACAUCAGUCAUGGCUAAUUCCCAGCCUGACUUCGUAAUCAGUUACCUGGGAUUAAUUAUCUAUGGGACCGAGAAUCAAUGGGGCUACAGAAAAACGUCUAAGUACAAUACUUAUUUCAAGAUAACUGCUAGAGUGCUGCUGAGAUAUCAGCUCCUAUCCUUCAAUACUCAUUUGCCAAAUUUGGGUUGUGACUAGUCUUUACUUCCACUUUGGAUGUGUUGAUGCCCUGGUCUGGUUUGAGUCUGACUAUGUAACAUUAUUGUGAACCAUCCAGAAGCACCAGUGAGUUUGAACGCAGGAGCGAAACCAUGUCUAUUUUCUUCAGAAAUCCUUUUCCUAAUGCAGGAAAUUCCUGUCUGCAGUUGUAUCAAGCACAGGAAAUAGUCAGAACUGGAGAAGAGAAAGCACUGGUAUGUGAAAUACAGUCUUACUGAAAAGCUAAUUUUCCUCCAGCUGAGUUUUCAUGAGAACAGGGCAAGUGUAAAUCUGAUCUUACUGAUGAAUACCUUUAAGGUUUUGGAGGAAUUUUCACAGCCUGCGUCAAUAGUUUCAGGAUACAGGACAAUCCUGCAGAGCAAAGGGGAUAGUUGGUAGCAUGUGCCUUCUCCACUAUCACUCAAUUCUCACCUGCUUCUCUCCUAAACUGAGUUAGUGACAAGUUCACAAUAACUGUGAAAAUUUUGCAGCUACUCCAGGACCCAAGAGACUUGAGAGCAUAGAGAUGCGCCUUAAUUUCCAUAUCAUGCUGAUCUAAUAAGGAGAGGUGUUGCAGGGUAUGCAGUAAAGUUGAAUCAUUGUAUGUGGUAGACCUACCAAUAGUCAUGUUGAAAAUGUUAAACAUCUUAAAUUCUGAAGUUAAUGGUUUUUAUUCCAUAAGAUUAAAAACCAAACUCCCACAAGCCCUGAAGGCAGUGAUGUUCACCAGUGAGUAUUUCCACCUGCAAAGGCCAAAUGCUCAGCUGCAUUUCCGUCCUUAAUGUGGGGCUGCCUGAAUUGGCAGACAUCUCAUCUUAACACACAUUGAAUGUGCUACAAAAGCUGUCUAUCCAUACUCACCUGACCUGCACAAGAUUUUCUGACUGAUUUAACCUUCUAGAUGGUAACUGGUUUCAUUUUGAUAUUGACAGAAGAAAUUUGGACUGUUAAAGAAAGUAAAUAUGAGGGAAAACUUGGUAGAAAAAUUAAUAAAUGAUUCCUCCCUGGGGCAGGAUUUAGAAUGGAAGUAAUGCUGUGGAAGAUUACCAUUUCAGCCUCCAAACACUGCACCUGUCCGCAAGAAACUUUUUCUUUUGUCUGUUGGGCUUGAGAUUGCAUCUUUCCUUCAACUUUUACCAAAUGGAUCCAUUUUGCCCCUGCUGAAUCUGAACAUCCAUUGCAAAAAUGCAAGCUGAGAUCUCCAUUGGGUCUCAGACUGCAGUGGGAACUGUAUUCAAUUACUGUUCGAGUAGUAAAGGAGCCAAGACAUGGAAAAUGUGUUAGUGGAUGUCAGAUUUGUUGGACUGUGUUCUCAUCAUGAGACUCUACAUUGUGAUUUACAGCUUGCAGUCUCACCGCCUUUAGCAAAUCACAGAAUUACAACACAGGAGACCACAAUUCUUUGCCUUGCCAUUCUAAUGCUGCUUAUGCUUCUCAAUCUGAUGGAUUUUCCUGCUAGAAAUGCUAAUUUUCCUUGACAUCAUUGGAAGGAGUUGGCUGCUGGGGAUUGUUGAAGCAGGAGUGUGCUCUUGGUCCAGGCUAAUUGUGUCCUGUGUGGAUGAUUACAAGUUAUUAAUUAUUUAAUUGUGGAAAACCAAUUACUCAAGAAUUGAGUAUGAAGUAUCCUGGCCUUCAUGCUAAUCAACCCAGUUUCACUCUACCCCGUCAUAAUUUUGUUUUGCUUCUCAAAAAAGUGAGUAGGAAUUUUAAGUGCUGCUUUUACUUAGUGGGACGUGUAUCUGUGAUUCAACCAGCCUUGCAGUUGCUAGAUUUUAAUGGAGAUUAAUAAUUGAUAAUCAACGCUAUUAGCAAAGAAGGCAAUUUGUUUUGUAACUUGCUGAGAAGCUGGUAUAUUUUUCACGCGAUAUUCACAUCCCCUCCCAUUGAUGCGCUCAAAUUUAAAAUAAGUGCAUAUAUCGUGAAAUAAAAACUGAAGAGGACCAGGAGGCAACACAAUAUUUUAACCUCAGGAACCCAACUUCCAACCAAGCCUAGACUGACGGGACAAACAUGCAAGACUGGUGUCUCCUGCCAUUCAGGAUACUGUGUGCAUUUUAUUUUUAAUCGGUGGAUCUCCACAAUAGAUGUUUGCUGCAAAAAGCUGCUCACAGCUCAGCAGCAAAUUGGCUUUGUGUUUGGUCUCUUUGAGGUGAUAAAGGAAGUUUGUGGGACCAGUGCAAAUGCAGCACUGUGCAGUAAAGUAUUUAUUUUGAAAUUGGAAUUAAGAUAAAAUAAUGGAAGUAGAAUGAAGUUUUAUUUUGGAUUUGCUAAACUGUAGCUGGCCUGACUGUUGUCCAUUUUGAUGUAGUGUGCCCAAAGUGCUGAAGUGUUCCAUUCCCUCCAGUGACAUCUUGAGAAACACCAGGGAAUGUGGAUGGUAGAAAUUAUAGACCAUAAUAAUCCAGUGUCUGCUUAAAUGUCCAUCCAAAAUUCAGAAUUGUCUGUUGGAACUAUUUGGUAAGACAUUGUCACAAUUCUGAAAUCCUGUACAGAUUGAGUCUAUGUCUGUGAGCCAGGUCUUGUGUCUGUGCUGUUUAGCCAGUCUUCAGUUUCUGAUCAUAUCUCAGACUGCUGGCUUAGGCUGGCUGCAAAGUUUCACCUCUAUGCAGCUGUUGGUCAGGGAAGUUAAUUUAUUCAGGGCAAUAAGAACUAUGCAGAUAAUAUAUAUUACAAUAAAAUUAUGCUCCUUUCUCCAUCUCCCAUUCUGUUUUGCUCCCUGCUUUAUUUUGUGAAUCUUCAGUCUCCAGAGCUUGUGUCCUGGGGCUUGUGUCAAUCCUGCUUAUUAUGAAGCAUGGGAGAUGUAUAAAGCAUGGUCCAGGAAUCCAGCUCUUUCCUCCUGCAGGUAAGUGUCCAGCUUCUGUUCAGUGUCUCAUCAACAGGAUGUGGACUGAAUAUGGUGUGCAAGGAAUCUUUGCUAAAGGGAACAGAUUUUUUGAAGGCAGUUGGAUGAGGUGCACUUUUUUAUGUCCUCACAAUCACACAACAAACUGAAAGCCAGGCUGGUUAUGCGCUAUAACCUGUCUUCAACUUGUGCAUGUUACCAUGCCAAGAAUCUGUAUCAUGGAGGAGCAAAGAUGCCAGUCCUUGCUCAACUUAAUAGCAGUUGGCUGAACCAAUCUGCCCUACAGGCCUCCAAGGACAGGCACACGUGGGAAUAUCUCCACUGGGGGAAGAGGGAACGGGUGCAGAGGCACUUAACUCACUUUUACAUUCUUUCCAGGUGAGUACUUUAUGUUGCACUGCCAAAUUGCAGCCAUGUCAGUGAUUUGGCCAUGAGUAGCCAGUUACUUGCUAUUUUUCUUUACUGCUGUUCAUGCUUGUGUUCUUGAAAAAAGUAAUAUUUCUGGGCCUCCCAUUUCCCAGGGAUAAUUUUAAUUGUGCUGAUCAUUGAAAGCUCAUGAUUUGACCUUGACUAAUCUGGUUUUAAGCUGCAUAAUGCCAGCUUGACAGUUAUGGGUACAUGGAAAUACAUCUGUGUGCAAAACGUGUCAGAGAUAGUGGAGCCACAGCAUAUUUAGUGGGUGAAUGGAGCAUACUACCACAGUAUUUGCUGAAGCCGUAUCUGAUUUUUUUUUCUCCAAUUAUUGUUUGGAACCUUAUUUACCUAUUUGGUCGAGGUAUCAAACAUCCUGUCACUCGAAUCUUAGCAUGGUCACGUUAUCAGAUGUUCAGCAGCUACUGUGUUUCUUCCAGGAUUCAACAUGUGUAGAUUACAGUUUUGUUUUUACCGUCCAUUGACCACAUUGUGUACCCACCCAGUUUAGUUGCCCACAUGGAAUAAGUUUCCUUGAGUUUAAAAAAGAAAAUCAUGCUGCAUAGAUUUAAAGGCUGUUGCUGCAGUUCUCCCAGACUACUCAUUAACUGAGGUUCACAGCCUUACUUAGCUUUCAAUAACUGACUGAGGUGAAAUGUGUGACCAGUUUGAACACAGUUCCAAUCAUAGUUCUUGACUUCUUGUGGAUGUUUGUCUCUCAGCCUCUAAAUGUUUUUAAGUUUAUAAAUAUUCUUAUCAACUGCAAUUGUUCUCAAAUCAGAGUCCUGGGUCUAAGAUUUUAAAGUCAUGUUUUAUAUCUGUCAAAAUGCUUUUAAUAGUUUUAAUCACUUACAAGUUCAGUUUAAUUCUGGGUUCUAGUCCACAUAGUUUCAACACUGGUUCUUUUAAUUAGUGUGCGUCUUAUCUGCUAUAGCCAAGCUUUGGUUUUAGAUAAGUGUUGGAAUUCUGUGGUGUGAGGCCCCAAUUACCCAACUCAGUCAUUGCCAUGGAGGAACCAUAUUUCCAUUGUUCAUAUUCCAAUGACAAUCUGUAAAAGAGAUUUCUGAUUCAAUGUUGUAAUGUCCACCCUGCUUCUCAAUGAAGUGCUAAUCUGUGGGAUUGAAUGCAAAUAGUACAAAAUCCAAAUAUAUCCAAGUAUGCUACAGUUUUGCAGCAUUAAUGUAUUCUGAUCAGCUCCUAACCUGGACGUUGUAGUACUGAGUUAAAUGGAGAUGUUGAAGGAGACUUUGAUAAUUUAUUGAAUUUAAGCCUGUGUUUACAGCUGCACUCCUUGCUCGGAUUUUUUUUAAACAGAAGUUAAUUGAUAUCUGGGAAGGAGAGAAGUUCUCUUGGUCAUGUGUAGCUGCCAGUUCAGCUACUUGACUAGUAUGAUGGGUGUAAUUGACUAAAUAUCUGCAUUGCAGCCAUUCCUAUGGGUUUUCUCUGUCUUCUCUUUCCCCCACAAACUCCUAAUUUUUAAAUUAUAUUAUUAAAACCCAGACUAUUAAAACUCUGCGUUUGAACCUGAUGUGUUCAUAUGGAUCCCAGGCAAAAACUGCCUUUUACCAUGGGUGGAUCAUCAAUACUUCACUUCUUGGGAGAGUGCAGAAUCAGGUAAAGAAGCCAACUUCAAAAUGCAGCAUUGUCUCGAUACUGCAAUUGGCCUGAAAAUGACACAGGCUCAAAUCAAAGAUUACUGUUCAGAGUUGUAUUGAAACUUUUAAUUCUACAACCUGUGCUGCUAGGUGAUCAGGCAUAGUUUGGAUUCUCUUGAAUUAAAGUAGGUAGAGAUGUUCAAAAUUUACCCCACAUCCGACAAAUUAAGAUCUCUGAAAUCUGCAGUCGAAUAUUUCCACAUUUCCUAACCCAACUGCGUAAAACUAUUUUGGUGAUGUUUCGGAAAUGUGCUUUUACUUUUGGAAAUGCUUCUGGAGCUAUGCAUUCAGUUUGGGAACUGAAAUAGAUUAUGUGGUCUGGAUGUUGUCUCCAGGAAUGUCUAUAUCAUUUACUACGGAGAAAAUGUUUAAUUUGGUGACUUUUGUUCGAAUUGGAGAAUGUCACUGAUUAUAACGAUUAUUUCGUGUAUUCAAGUUUGUUUUUUACGGGUUUUUUUUUUCUUGCUUCCCCACGGUUCUGUGGAUAGCUUGAUGAGAAAUGAUAUUUGUGCAAGAGAUUCCUUGUUGUCUUGGGAUUAUCCUUGCAGAGUAAUGCUUCAUACUGGCCUGUUGGAACGACCCUGAGGUUUUUCAGUCUCCCUUUCAAACUCCCUUCUUCCGAUCUCGUUUUGGGAGUGGACGAGCCUCAUAUUUGUGCUAUCAACUUGAAAACAGAAAUUUUCAGUAGCCCAGUUAACUCUCUCCUUUUCACCUUUGCAUUUAGUCUGGUUUUACACUUGUUGCAUCCCAUCUCUGCUUAGUUUAGACAUUUUUUUUAAAGCUGAACUUACUGUGGGAGAUGAGCUCUUUCACUGUUCAUUUAUUUAUAAAAGGAUUGGGGCUUUGUAAUUACUGUAUUGGUGGGGAUUUAUGAACAUAAAUGCCUUAAUAGAUGGGCUUUGGAGUAUUUAUGUAAAUUAGAAAUAUAUUGAAUAUAAAGUAAACCAAAGUGGAAAGUUUGGGUUUUCAAAUCAUUCCAGAAAGAAGGGAGGUCAAACUGAAAUAUUCACAGUGAAAACUUUGUCAGUUAAUAAAACUCAAUUGAAAGUUUGGUUUUGAAUUGGAAGGUAUUGGCAGAUUCUGGUAAGUGGUGUCUUUAGCUGGUGUCGCCUGCUAUGGGGUCACCACCACUACAGCUGGCUUCAACAGACAGUGGCUUAUAGUUCCACUUGUUGCUCACUUGUGUUUUCUACCAGAGAAACUUGGUGUAGAGAGAGGAAUUGAAGUGAUUUGUGUAAAUUAUGGAACUUUUAAGUUGGAAUACCUGAAGAUAUAUGUUUCAACUAAAAUGCAUCAAAGCAGAUGAGGAAAAAGUGUUAUUCAAAAACUAUAGCGUGAUCAUGAGUAUUCAGCCUCCAAUGAGUGGAAUCAUCCCAAUACCCAUUUUCCUCAAAUGUAUCAUUUGUUAAAGCUUUACUAAGGGUUCUAUUUCAAUGGCAACCUCUACUUUGAGUUUCCUGCAAAAAUAACUGUGUUUUUGCUACCAAAAUUAACAAGUAGAUUGAGGUCCUCAAAUAUGCACAAACUUUAUAUGCUGUCGUUGUCAUGCCUGUGUUUCUCAUUGAUUCAGAACCAUUUGAAAUCAAAUUAUUCUUUUAACAAAAGGUCUGACCUGUCUACUUGUAGCUCAGGCUUCGACCUUUACUCGAUGAUCGUGUGUACAACAACUCUGGAAAACCGUUCUCAGUUUUAAUUCUUACCAAUCAGCAAACCUGAGAAUUCAAUUGAAAAAUAUUAAGCCAGUUAUUUUGGAACUCUGGAUUGGAACAAACCGCCCCACUUAUCACAAUAUUCCUGUUUGCGCAAAACCCCUUUAUGAAUUACAACACAUUUGCAGUGAGUUGAUAACUAAGAAAAUGUGUCCAAUAAAUGUUUCCAUUAACCACAAAUCCACCAAGGUUUGGCAUCAGAUGUACUUUUAAUCCAAAAUAAUAUGUGCCUAUGAAUUAAAUUCACAAAACUUAAAAUUUUGUGAAAUAGCCCCACUCUAUAGCCUCCUACAGCUUAGAGACUCAGACAGAUGCCUCGAAAUAAAUGCAUCUCAAAUAUUGAAUUACAUAAUGCCAGAUACUUGCCACAGCUAUCGUGUAGAAUUACUGAUCCACCCAAGAUUUUUUUCACUGUUUGGUUUUAUUGUUUAGCGUGCAGAAUGUUUGUUUGUGUGAAUUUAAUCGUUGCUAGAACAGAAGCAGUUUCCUUUGCUUGCAUGAAUCCCAUUUCAAAACCACUUGCUACUACGUUGACAUGCACGCAGUCUAGAAACCCUGAACUUUGCAUGGCAUUUCUCGGUUAAAGGUAGUAGGUGUUUGGGAACCUGUUAUGUGGUGAUGGUGCAUGUGCUCCAACUCGGAGUUCAGGGGAAGAGGAGAAGUUCGUCUUAAAAAUUAAAUUUGAGAUGUAGCUGAUAUUUAAAGUCUCCAGCAGUCAGAAAUUGAACACAGUUUUGAGUUUGCUUCUCAACCAGUUGACAUUCAGCAGAGAAAUGCUGUAAAACCUUUGUUUUAAUGGGAGGGGCGGUUAAAACUGGGAAAAACUUCAAAAAGUUUACUUCUCGGCCAGGCCAUGUUGAUUUUGGUCCUGCACAACUCCAAUCCUAUAAUCCAAUCCUCCCGAAUAAUGGAAGUUGGAAUGGGAGAAAUGGCUAUCCUGUAACUGGAGGGUUUUCCUAUAGUUUUGUAGACUUCCGAUAUAUCCUAUGUAUUUAAGCAGCAAAUUUCUAAUUGAUAAAUUUCAUAAGCUUCUAAAUGUGCAUUUAUCAGGAUUCAACUGCCCUUUGGCGUGUUCACAUGUUCCAAUCUGACAAAAUCCCAGUUUGGUUGUAGUUUUGUGAAUGAGAGCUGUUGCUGAAGUAUUUUUGGGGUGGAGGUUACUUCUGAUGCAGUUCCACAUGAAAUUGCAGCCACUUCCUCCAAGAUGCAAUGGCAGCACACACUCUGCUCAGAUUGUUUUCAUUCCAUUCACUUGUAAUAAUCACAAUAACUGCAAAGGGUAUACGAGGGCAUAAUCAGAAUGAGUUUGAAAUAAAUUUUAAAAAUGACUUUUCUUGUAAAUAGUUGUGUAAAUAUUGGCAAUUGGAAAUUUAGAAUGGUAGAAAUACUUUUCAGAAUCCGAUCCUAUUUUUAUUUUAUACAGUAUUUCUCAGUUGCAAUCUUUCAGAGUAAAAGCCAAAAGGCAGGAAAUAGAGUUUGUACCAGUUUCAUGAAGUAUGUCUUUGGUUACCUGUAAAUAAUUUUAACUCAAAUAAAAAUUGCUACUUUCAGUACA